AUGUCGGACGAGGAUGUAUCAGUACUACCAGUGAAUCUGACUACGAACGCGCCCGCAUGGCAAGCACCCCCAUUAACUGUGACGGCCUCCUCGUCGCCGACAGACCAUCGCAAUAUCCGGAGGGCUGAGCUCGAUUCGGAGAACGAGAAUGAGAAAAGUUCUAGUAGAGAUGCAUCCCAAAGCCGGAUAUCAGAUCACAUCGAAAUCCCCAAGGGCGACGACAAACAUGAUCCUAAAGAUGGCUAUGAUGGCAAGAGAAGGAGCCAUGAAGAUGUUCUUCGCAAUAGACGGAAUGCACGCCUCCUCCAAGGCCCAGGCUUGAAAUGGCACAAGGAAUACUCCGACCUGGACCAGCAGGCUGGUCGAGUCCUCAUGAUUGAUUUUGCGCGGAGCGAUAAAUCACGCUCUCACAUCCGCAAAGUCGCCGCUCAAGAAAUCUUUAAUCUCCAGACCCUGCGCCAAUUCUGCAGGUAUCAAUCGCAAGAUUCCGAGCCAGCGAUGAGAGUCAUUCACGUGCAAAACGCCGACUGGGCUGUUCCGUUCUUGAUGAGGAAGUUCGAUAUCUCCGCCAAAUCGCAUGGGGAUGGGUCCGGGAUGUCUGAUUUUGGGCGGUAUUUACGCUACAAAAACCCGGAGUUGAGGGGUGGGAAGCCGUUCCUCGCGGGGAAAACGUGGAAGGUAACGUAUGAUCCGUGGAGGCGGGUUAAUAAGACUUCGUUUGGGGUGGAUUAUAUGAAGAGCUUUCGUAGAACUUUAACUCGGGGUGCGGAUGGGGAGAGGGAGGGGGGAGGGGGGAGGGAUAGGUUGAUGCAGUUGAAUGAUUUUGAUGAGAAUGAUGAGCCUAUAUGCGGCCAUGACGUAUUCGUCCAGCGUCUGAGUUGCUACAUCCAACACAAACAAGCACCCUCCGAAAACAGACUGUCGCGCGAUGACCUCCCGCUACGAAAACACUUUUAUCCGCCUGACGUCUAUAGAGAUGAAGACGAUGACGGCGAAAUCACUACUCUCAACGGCGCUCUCAAAGACAAGCUUGAGCUGCACAGACUGCAACGACUCCGCCAUCUGGAUAAUGGCAAUGUAAUCAUCAUCUUCGACAAUUCGUCUUCUGGCAACAUCGACGAUACCUUGAUCCCCGCCAGACGGGACCUUGAAUGUCGCUGGCGUCGUUUACCGUUUCAUCUAGCAUUUGAAUCGCGCGACCCCGCCGAAGACGACGACGCAAAACUUGCGCUGAAUUGCUCCAAGGCGAUAUUGAGUGAUAUCUUCAAGGCCGUGGUAAUGGCCUGGGACGCGUUUCUGGAUCAUGCGGUUACGCAUAUGACCAUCCUGGAGGGUAAGAUUUAUGAGAGACCGGACGAUGAGAGUAGGGCGCCGGAGUUGUGGGAGAAUUCGAGCGCGUGGUUGAAGGUGGAGAAGUUGGUGAAUGUGCAUGCGAGUGUGAUGCAGCAGAUGAAGACUAGAUUGCAUGAGUUGACUGAUGAUGUCGACACAGAAGACAACUGGCUAGAAGAUAGUCCCAGUGACUUUGAGAGAUUGACGAAUCUGAUUACGGAGGAUCUGACCAAGCCGACGGAGUCGUUGAUAUCGUUGCUGUAUCAGAGUGUGUCGAUUAGGGAUAGUAGACACAGUCUCGAAUUAGGCGUUAGCAUGUGGAGAUUGAGUUGGAUAACAUUCAUAUUCCUUCCCCUGACAUUCAUCGUUGGCUUCUUCGGAAUGAACGUCGACACCUUCUCCAACAAUCCCAGCAUAAAAUGGUACUUUAUCGCCGCCAUCCCCUUCAUGUUCGGCGUCCUCACCUUUUAUUUUCUUAUGAAAGGCGGCUCAUCCGACAGUCGUCGCCGCUCACCACACGAACGGAUCGUGUACGAGACAUUUUUCCAAGAAAUGGCCAAUCGUAACCCGAUACUGUGGUCUCGAAAUGGUCCGAGAGACUAUGUACAUGUUGAAGGCAGAUUAGCAAGAUUGAAGUGGUCACUGAUCAAGCACUGGCUGAGACCGGUAGAUUUGGUUGGUAGUGCUGGUGUCACAGCUACCACCGCCGCCGCCACUACUACAACUACUGCACCCAUCGUACCCGACGCUGAGGGAACGAUAUCCAACGGCAUCCGAUCUGCUCUCAUAGGCGGAGGAGAUGGAUUAAACACCCUCUCCAGAAUGCAACGAUAUCUCUCCCGCCGCUGGACAGCGCAAAUCGCCAACAAUGCAACAGCAACAACAGACACUGAAAUGGGCUUGAUAAACAUGAACGACGAUGAAUUCGAGGAUUUGGCACUUGCAAGUGGUGACGAGAGGCUGAGCGGAGAUCAUCAUUCGAUUGGGGAAGGGUUGACGGAGGUUGCGGAGGUUUUGGCGGCAGCUGCUGUGCCGAGGGCUGGGAGGCCAGGGUUGUGGACGACGAGUUCGGCGCCGUCGUCGUUGGAUCAUGAGCAUGAGCAUGAGCAUGAGCAUGACCACGACAGUCACGAUGAUCAUGAUGAGCAGCAGCAUGUACGGACUAAUAUCCAUUUAACGGUCCCUGGAACAGGGGGCAAAGGACUCUGGACGCCAACAGCUACAUCGUCAACAAACGACCACACUCACGGUAACGAUAACGAAAUACAUACAGACGACGUUCCCACAACUGCAAUCCCCAAUGCAGUUAUCGCAGCUGCAAUAACCCGUGACCGUGCCCGGCAGCUACGGCUACGAAGCUCUAGCUCACCAUCUCCAUCUGGUCGCGGCCGAGGACAAGGUGCUAGAGCUCGUGGUGGUAGUGGAUCGUCAGCUGGCGGCGGCGGCGGCGGUGGUGGCAGCCCGAGAAACAGUGAUAGGGUUCUAGUCGAAGAGGAGGAUGCCGAGUGGUUGAAUGAGAGAGGCAGAAAGGGGAAGGAUUGGAUGUGGAGAUUUGGUGGUUCUAACGAUGAUAAAGAAAAAGAUAACAAGGAAGGUAGGAGCUCUGGUUCUGAGAGUCGAGGGAAAUAG